GACUGUAUAUCCAGCUGCUUGGGAGCAGAUUUUUCAUCAUUUCGUUUAACAGUAUACAUUGUGAUAGGUGUGAGAGAUUAUUAGAUUGAAUUUUAUUUUAAUUUGCGAUGUCUGUUCGUCGUAAAAAAGAGUGUAAAGACUGUGAUUGUAAAGCAAGUUAUCAACAAUUUAUUAAGAAACAGUUUCUUCGAAUUGAAGAGCUUGAAAACCAAAUUUCUCUCCUUCGAGUGGAGAGAGAUACACUGUUACAUGAAAAUGAACGGAUUAUGUUUAAUCUUCAGAUGUUAUCCCUCAAAAAUCAAGAAUCAAGUCACAUAGGAAAUUCUGAUAAAUACCACAAUAAUGAUCAAUCUCAUCAAUUGAGGAAGCAACUUCCUGUUGGAGCAACAGCAGCUACAACCAUCCAUGGUUCAACAUCAAAUGGAGGUGAAAGGAAACAAGAGAAUUAUGAACUAUCGCAAGAGAUUAUGGAUAAACGCUUAGAAAUUAUUGUACGUAAAUAUGGUAAGGAGUCGGUUAAAGCAGCUUCAGUUAUACAAAAAGCUUACCGUAAUUAUCAGUUGAAUAAAAGGUUUAAGAAUCUUGCUUUGAAUGCUUUACGCGUCAACAACCAAGCAAAAGAUCUCAAAAGACAACAGCAACUGCAACAGGCCCAUCAAAUUCAACAACAAACGGCAACCCAACAUCGUCUAACUGUGACCGGUGGAGGUAGUGCUUCAAGCGUUGAUGGUCUACUUGUCAGUGAUUUUGUUGAUGCUAGUCAAUCAUUUGAACCUUUACAUCAACAACUUCAAUCUUCUCAAUUUAGUGAACCCAAAUUAACUCGAACCAGUUCAUCAUCAUCGGCUUCUAAAGUUGUCAUUAGUGGAGGCCGCGUGGUGACCAAGAAAGUCUCUGCCAAUUCUAAUCAACAACAACAAACUCAAGAACAACAGUCAUCAAUACCUUCUUCGAACUCAGCAUCUCAACUCCAUCAUCAUCAUCAUCCGCAACAACAACAACAGCAACAACAAUUUCUUCAACAACAUCAACUCCAACACCAACACCACCAACAACAACAAUUACAACAAAAUCAAAUAGUAACUCAUACCCAUCAUGGUGGAUCUAUGAAAACCUCCGUUUCAGCUACUUCGUUUCCCCACCGAACUCCACAUUAUGAUGUUAUAAGAGCUCGUGAAUAUCGUGUUGGCCUAAAUUUGUUUAACAAAAAUCCUCCUGAAAGAGGAAUACAGUAUCUGUUUGAUAAAGGAUUCAUUGAUGAUAUAGUUGAUGAAAGUAAAUUAGUUCAUUAUUCUGGUAAUCUUGAAAGCGGACGUAAAGCUUUAAGAGUGGCUCUAUUUUUGUUGACUAAAAAAGGAUUAUCUAAACAAAUGAUUGGUGAAUAUUUGGGAGAUUUACAGUCACCAUUUAACCAAUUAGUAUUGAAAUUUUUUGUGCGUGAAAUGGAUUUCACAGGAAUGUUAUUAGAUGUUGGACUGCGAAAAUUUCAAACGUUCUUUCGUUUUCCCGGUGAAGCUCAAAAAAUUGAAAGAUUGGUUGAAACUUUUGCUGAACGUUACUGUGAAUGCAAUGAAGGUCUUGAACUAGAUCGAAAAGGUGAUUCAGAGGAAACUCCUAUUAUAACUAAUAAGGAUGACGUAUUUAUCUUAUCAUUUGCAAUCAUCAUGUUAAAUACUGAUCUUCAUGUACCAAAUAAUAAACGUCGUAUGACAGUUGAUCAAUGGAUUAAGAAUCUUCGAGGUGUUGUAAAGUCAAAUUUAACUGAAGACUUUCUCAUUGGAAUUUAUGAAAGGAUAAAACAAGCAGAAAUGAAAACAGGCCAUGAUCAUUGUUUACAAGUGCUCAAAGUUCAAGCUUUUUUGGUAGCUUCAUCUAGAAAUAUAACAGUUCCAAAUUUAAGUGCAAAUACUUACAGAAGGUUAAUUUGUUUUUGUCGUCUUCAUGAGAUUGUUGACCUAAACAAAAAGGAACGCCAAGGUCAACAUCAAAGGGAAGUUUUCCUUUUCAAUGAUCUACUUUUAGUAACCAAAGUAUAUAAGAAAGGUGCUGCAUCUCGAACCUCUGUAACAUCAUCUUCAAUGGCCUCAAAUCAAUUGGGCAAUGGUGGUUCAGUUGCUUCACAAUUGUACAGUUAUCGUCGAAGUAUUUUAUUAACAUCAGUCAAUGUUUCCCUGUUCUCUACACUCUAUUAUCCUUAUGGAAUUAAGAUUUCAUCAAGAGUUGAUAAAGACAAAACAUUGAUUUUAUUUAAUGCACGUAAUGAUACAGAUAGAUUUAAAUUUUUUGAAGACCUUAAAGAAAGCAUUGCUGAAAUGCAUCAAAUGGAAAUAAUCCGAAUUCAGUCAACUAUGGGUAAUUCAAAUGGUUGUUCAGCUUCAGCUUCACCUUCAAAUAAUUCUUCAUCAUCAGCCAAAAGAUUAACAGUUAAUUCUGUAGGUACUGUUUCCAGUUCAUCAAUACCUACCACUGGAAAUAGUAAUUCGUCUUCAUCGGCUACAACAAUAGCAACACCACCAACAACAUCAACAUCAUCUACAGGAAAUCUUCCCAAUUUAAAUCAUUCUUCUCUUAUGGAUUUAACAGCAACUUCAUCCAAUUCUUCAUCGCCAUCUUCUUCAUAUUCCUCACCAAAAUCAGGACUUUCUUCUAAUAAACACCAAGUUAACAAAGUAUCAGUAUCAACAUCUUCAUUAGAUUCUGCUCUUCCAAAUAAUAAAGCAUCACUUCCAUCUUUACCUAUUCAACCAUCUUCUUCUCAAUCAACUUCCUCUUCAUCUUUAUCAACUGCAGCAGCAACAAAUAUUACAAAUCAAGGGUCAAAUUCAAAUACAGAUUCAAUGACUAGUUCAUUGUCAACAACAUUAACUAUGACACCUCAUAGUCUUGUCUCAUCAACAUCAUCAUCGUCGUCAUCUUCAUCAACAAACCAACCAUUAACGUCAACUCAAAUUCAAAAUUCUACAUCGACUGCGUUAACAGCGACAACAACUCAUUAUGUUUAG